AUGCUGAUCCUGUCCUCAUCCUGCAGGAACUUCAUGCGUGAUGCCGAGGAGAUUGCCUGCAGCCGGCGCAUGAACAGCUUGACGCUGAACCGGCACACAGAGAUCCUGGAGAUCUUGGAGAUCCCGCAGCUCAUGGACACCUGCGUCCGCAACGGCUACUACGAGGAGGCGCUGGAGCUCGCUGCGUAUGUGCGCCGGCUGGAGAGGAAGCACAGCUCUCUCCCGCCCCAGGGCAUCGUGGAUGAGGUGCGCCAGUCCACCCAGCUGAUGCUGAACCAGCUCAUCCAGCAGCUCCGCACCAACAUCCAGCUACCCGCCUGCCUGCGGGUCAUCGGCUACCUGCGGCGCAUGGACGUCUUCACGGAGGCCGAGCUGCGCAUCAAGUUUCUGCAGGCGCGGGACACCUGGCUGCGCUCCAUCCAGGCCUCCAUCCCCGACGACGACCCCUACUUCCACAUCACCAAGACCAUUGAGGCCUAUCGCGUCCACCUCUUCGACAUCGUCACCCAGUAUCGUGCCAUCUUCUCUGAUGAGGAGCCACUCCUGCCCACCGAGGGGCAGGCCCUCAAUGAGGGGGCCAUCUUCCACAGCUGGGUGCUGCAGAAGGUCUCCGAGUUCCUGCGGACACUGGAGCACAAUCUCCAGCGUGGCGUCGGGGGUCGCCUGGACUCGCUGCUAGGGCAGUGCAUGUACUUCGGCCUCUCCUUCAGCAGGGUGGGGGCCGAUUUCCGUGGGCAGCUGGCCCCCCUCUUCCAGCAGAUGGCUGCCUCCUCUUUCAGGAAGGCGGUGGAGGAGGCGGUGGAGAAGUUCCGGGAGGAGAUGAAUUCCUACACGCUCAUCUCCGCCCCAGCCGUCCUGGGGGGCAGCACAGGCGUGCCGGUGCCCGCAGCCCAGCCGGGGACGCUGCAGCCACCCAUGGUGCUGCUGGACUUCCCGCCCCUCGCCUGCUUCCUCAAUGGCCUCCUUGUUGCUUUCAAUGACCUCCGGCUCUGCUGCCCCGUCGCCCUGGCCCAGGACAUCACCGCCUGCCUGGAGGAUGCACUCAGCGAGGUGACCAAAACCAUCCUGGCUUUCCACCGUGCGGAGGAGGCAGCUUUCAGUGGACGGGAGCAGGAGCUCUUUGCCCAGUUCUGCACAGCCUUCCUGGAGGACCUGCUGCCCUACCUCAACCGCUGCCUCCAGGUCCUCUUUCCCCCGGCACAGAUCGCGCAGGCGCUGGGUGAGACUUUGGGGGGCUUGCAUCUUG